CGCUGCCGCUAAAUCGUUGGAAGCAUAUUGGGAUAAAGCGCUCGUGGCUUGACGACGCGAAAGCAAUCAGCUCUGCCAAUUUACUUGUUUCCUGAGAAUUCCAAAUUUGGAAUCAGUCAUCUAUCAAAAUGAAAAGCGAUAGGAAGGGAGAUUUCGAUGGUAUGGACAGUUCCAGUUCGACUGGUAGUACAAACAGUGUUGAGAAGAUGAAGCGUAACCUCGACAACCAAGGGCGUGAAGGAUGGAGCGGCAAGUUGGACUUCAUCCUUACCUGCAUCGGGUAUGCAGUCGGACUCGGCAAUAUCUGGAGAUUUCCUUAUCUUUGCUACAAAAGUGGUGGAGGAGCCUUCUUCAUCCCCUACAUCAUCUUCCUGGUUCUGUGUGGCAUCCCCCUGUUCUUCAUGGAAGUCACAUAUGGCCAGUUCUCCAGCCUUAGUCCCGUGGCCAUUUGGAGGAUCUGUCCACUCUUCAAGGGUGUUGGUAUCGGAAUGGUGAUCGUAUCGGGCAUCGUGUGCGUGUACUACAACGUGAUCGUAGGAUACACGGUGUACUACCUCUUCAUGUCAUUUCGAGCAACACUGCCAUGGAGCAACUGUAACAACGAAUGGAACACUGACAACUGUGUGGACAGCAAGAACUACGGCAACACCUCCACCAUCAGGAACUACAUCAUCAACAACUGUCUCGAUGGGAACACGACGCACGUGCCAAGUGAAGUAUCUGGUCUUACCAACGACAACUCCACUGAGUAUUACGUCCAACAGACGUUCUUCGGCGCCGGCAAAUUGUGCUCCAACCAGAGCAUCACUGACCUUAUGGAAAGCCUGAACUCAUCAGACAAGACCAUGUCGGCCAGCGAACAGUUCUGGGAGCACCAUGUGUUGGAGAUGACUGAUGGUAUCGAGGACAUCGGGACCCUGAGGUGGCAGUUGUUGAUCUCCCUCAUUGUAGCCUGGCUGUGUGUCUUCUUCUGUCUCUUUAAGGGGGUCAAGGUCCUUGGAAAGGUAAUGCACUUCGCAGCUCCCUUCCCUUAUCUGGUGUUGAUGGUGUUGCUGAUCCGAGGUGUGACGUUGCCAGGAGCGAUGGAGGGUAUCAAAUACUACAUCAUUCCUCGGUUUGAGAAACUGGCCAACUUCCAGGUUUGGGGUGAUGCAGCGUUGCAGAUCUUCUACUCUGUCGGCAUGGCGUGGGGCGGUAUCAUCACCAUGGCCAGUUACAACAAGUUCAGCCACAACGUGUACAGGGAUGCCAUGAUAGUUCCCCUGAUCAACUGUGGCACAAGUAUUUUUGCCGGUUUUGUGAUCUUCUCUGUUCUUGGGUUUAUGGCUCAUGAAGCUGGCACAACCAUGGAAAAGGUCGUAACACAGGGUCCUGGUCUGACAUUUGUUGCGUACCCUGAGGCCAUUGCCAAACUGCCAAUCUCUCCCUUGUGGGCAGUGCUAUUCUUUCUUAUGUUGUUUACCAUUGGCUUGGACAGUCAGUUUGGAAUGUUUGAGACUAUGCUGAGCGGAGUUAUUGACGAGUAUCCCAAAUACCUGAGGAACAAGAAAGUCCUGGUGACAGCGGCUUGCUGCUUCUUCGAGUUCAUUAUCGGGCUGCCCUUGAUUACACAGGGAGGUAUCUACAUCCUGCAGAUCAUGGACUGGUACUGUGCCAGCUUCUCUCUCAUGCUGAUUUCCCUUACUGAGUGUCUGGCUAUCUCCUGGUGUUACGGUACGGAUCGGUUCUGCAAGGACAUCGAGUUGAUGAUUGGUUACCAGCCCCAUAAAUGGUGGAAAUACAUGUGGAAAUUUGUAACCCCAACUGUUAUUGUUUUCAUCUGGUUGUUCAGCGUGAUCACUCUGGGUCCUGUGACGUACGGAGACAAGGCUUAUCCCCAUUGGGCCAUCAUCAUCGGCUGGUCACUAGGAGUGAUAUCAGUACUUCCUAUCCCGAUUGUGAUGGUGAUUCAGUUGUACAAUACAGAAGGAACGCUACUGGAAAGAUUCCAGAAGCUUACCAAGCCUGCUCCAGAAUGGGGUCCAGCAUUGACAGAAAAUCGUCUGCGAUACUACGAAUCAUUGGGUCUUGAUGACCCAUUAUCAGUUCAAUCUGUACUCCCCUCUAACGAAGUCAGUCAUGACGACAAGUCACCGGAACACAUGCCAGAACAGUUCGCGUUAUUGCCGCAGAGUGAAAAAGCAUAGUGUUGUCUCGAAUGCUUUGGUACUGAUGGGCACAAACGUUAUGGGAAUGAGAAAUGUUACCAUGGCAACCUGUUGUAUUUUGUCGGUAAGACAGUAUGAGGAAAAAAUGCUAUCUCACUGGCGAAAUUGACUACGAAAACUGAUGUGGCGCCAAACCAUAUUUGUGAAGAAUUCCCCACUUGCAUCGACACUGUUUGUACAUAGACCCUGGGUAUAUAUUGUUAUAAACAUCCCAGAAUGGAGUGGGGUUCCUGUUGCAGUACCGAUGUUGAGGGUGUGAGCUGUAACUGGUGCCGCUUCCCCCAAACAGGAGGGGGAUUUAGUGUUGUGUGGACAUGUAUGUUCUCAGCAGUGUGUGAGUUGUAUCAUUUGGCCAAAUUAAUUUCUUAUUGUCUUAAAGACAGUUCAAUUACUAUAAUUUACAAGAAUUCUGAAGAAUGCUAUUUGAAAGGACUCACAAGUGUUUUCCAUGGACCAUUACAUAAUAUGUACAUAACAUGAACACUUCUUGCUCUAAUUACAUGCAAUUGCUUUUUACUUAUAUGAGUAUUUUCAAGUUUUUCUUAUAUCUGUUCGUCCACUACUUGAUACCCAGAUAGUGAAAUGUUUCUUAGUUAUCAAAAUUGGCAACUGAUGGUAAUUAUUAGUUAUUAAUUAUAAUAUCAUGAGCUAUAAUGUAUUCUAUAAGAAAAAUGUUCACAGAAGAAUCUGAAAAGUUUUUGGGCUUAAGAACUUAUAUUGUCCUCUUUUUCAGUAAAUAUCUUUCUGGGAACGGAAUGUACAGUCUCAAUGUUAAGUUAUAUUGCAAAAUUAAGGUGCCUGCAUCAUGGAACUCCUAUGGGUUUACUUUCAGCAUAUUAAGGCAUCACAAAUUUGCAUCGCACAAGCAAGUUUUGUUUGAAAGUAUUACUGAACAAAAUCAAAUGACCAAAAGAUGAUAUUUUGUUUUGAGUAAAGAUUAUUCUUUUGACUUGAAGGUCAAGGACUCGAUCCUUCAGUUUCCUGCUAUCGUCAUGGAGAUGUUUGCUCUAGUGGUACUUGGUUCCAACUGUCUCAGGUGUACACAAGUGUAUACAUGUUGUGCUUUGGGUAAUGGUCUGGUAUUUAUUCAGUCGCUAUCCAAAAAUAUGUGGAAGAUGUAUUUCUGGAAUAUAAAUCAAAUAUGCGCCUUGUGUAUGUUAAAUGCAAAUUUUACAGUCAAAUUUGAUGUGCCAAAUUGUUUUAUUUAGUAUGCAGUGUCUCAUUGACAAAUAUACCUUUUACAUAAAGGUAAGGUUGAUGAAGCGUCUCUGAAAUACCAUUAACUGUUUGAAAUAGCUAGUUCGAUUUUCUGGGCUUAAGUUUUCUUUAAUAUUCCAUUGUUUCAAAGAACUAAUGGAAGGUUCUACAAAUUAUUGCAUUUUCUGACCGCUUCUUUCCUUGUCUAAUUUACAUAAUAUAAUUUAAAUUGUUUUCAAGGUCAUUAAAGUUUUUUGAAUACCUUCAUUAGAGUAUUAUGUAUAUUUGCCUGAUAUACCUUGUUAACCGUGAUGCUAUACAAAGGAUUUCAUUGUGUACAUUUAGAACGGUGCUGAAAAAUAUGUCAUCUUCUUAAGCCGAUGCUAUCAGAAGCUAAUGAUGAUGAUGACGUCAUUGAUGGAGGUUAGCUGAUGCCUUGAUGGAGAUAUAUUAUAAAGUCCAGUUGCAUUCAUACUGUAUGCUGUAUCGUGUGUAUGUGUGUGAAUGUAUGAAUGUAGCUUAUGUCGAUGUGUUGCUUGUUAAGUUGUUGCCUUCGUAAAACGAGCCAAUCUUUGUUUGAGAGCUGUUUUCUUUGAAAAUUUGUUGAUUAUAGUUGAAAGUAUGUUAACUUUAAGUUACAGGUAAUAAAUUGAAUUUUUAAAAGCUCAAUCUCCUUGCAGAUUAUUGAUGGUGAUGUGAGGAAUACGUCAUCUGUAUAUAUCGUUGAAUCAAUGCAAUAACUUGAUGUAAGCACUGUAGUCUGAGACAAGGCUACAUGCUCCAACCAUCUCUCUAUAGUUGAUGCUACUCAAAAAUAUACAUUUUUAAGAUUUAAAUUGAUUUUAAAUAUAUAUAUGAAGUAUGAUGAAAAUAAUACAUGUGUAUAUUUUAAUAUUUACCAUUGAUUUAGAUCUCUGAUUGGUUAACCCAAUUCAUGAAUUCUUAAGUGAUCAGUUCGGAUAAUAUUUUCUCUUCCAUAUGCAUUUAAGGCAAGGAUUUGGAUAGAUCUCAACAGUCUUUAUUUAGCAUUUUAUUUUAUUUUGCUAAUAAGUCAUCUUACAUCAUAUUCAUGGUCAUAUCUUCUCGUCCAUCAUGCUCAUACAAUAUUUAUCUCAUGUCAUUUGUAUAUUUUGCUGCAUGUACUUGCUAGAACCGCAUUCUGUAGCCAGACAUCUUGAGAAAUGAUUUUGAUUGACUUUUGAUAAAGCUAAUAUGAAUGUUUUACUGAUGCAAUGUACAUUUAAUAAUGAUCCUUCUACAGUAAAACGAACAUUGUUUCAUCUCUGAUGUAUUAAAAAAUAAUUUAUAGAAAUUUACUCUUGAAUUGAUCCUCAAAUCAGGGUAUAUUAUUGACAUUCAGCUGAAAGAGUUGCUAGUAUCUGAAACUUUCCAAUACUCGUUCAUUUCAUGAUCGAAAACAUAUUUUCCAGUAGGAUACCUAUACAUUUCUACUGCAUUGCUAGAAAGUCCAUCUACAUUCAAAUUAGACAGAGCAUUUCCAAGAUGUUUUCAUUCUGGAUAUUUUAUGCCAGACAGUAAUUCUGUGGAUAUUCUAAGAUACAGUACAAUCCUUGUAUAUAGUGUCAUCUUCAUUGAUAGGGUUCAGAAGUUUCAAAGCAGAUCACACCUACUGGCUAAAGCUGAUUAGGGACUAAAGUUUGGUGCACAUGUUUAAGGACAUAAUAGGUCAUUUAAGGACAUAUGUUUAAGGACAUUAUAGAUCAUUCAAGGACAUAAAUGUCAUGAAAUCCUGUAUCUGUAAAUUUUGUAACUUGAAAACAAGGAAGUUUUUGUUUAUGACAAUAAGUUCUGAAACCAAUCAUAUGAAAUCAGGUUUACUUAAUGCUUUCAUUUGAUCUUGAGUGAUGGAAUUACACCUUAUUCCUGUUCAAGACUCUGUCCCCAAAUUACGAAUGUUAUCCAUGUUGCUAGAGAAAGGAAAGGCUUAGUGGAAUACAUUACAGGUAGGAACGUCAAGUAGCCAUGUGUCCGUAACACUUCAGCUUAUUUUGAGUAAAAGGGUCAAUGGGUCAUUUCAACUUCUUCAAAAUUAAAAUUUUCAACAUAAGUGACUAGUUCUCUUCGGCUAUAGGUCAUCAAUAGGUUAAAUGUCAAUUUUUGACAUUAAAAAUAUUAUUGUCAUCUUGUAAUAACUUGUGUGCCUUUGCUUUACAUCCUCUUCAGUACAAAUAUUUUAAACUUGUACAUUUAUUUGAUUUUUUUUUAAAUGCUUUGAAUAAAUAGCAUUGGAACAUGA